AAAGCGGUAACGGUGAUUCUUUUCAGCCCAUGACUGAGCGGUUCGCCGCAGCCAUGGCGGCGGGCGCUGUUCUCAAGCCUUCUGAAAAAGAACUCGAGACGUGACCUCCACUGCCAGACUGUCCAAUGCCGUGACUUGCGAAAGGGGGAUUCGCCAUGUGACAGAUUCAAGAUUCCGAUCUACCUCUCUAGCAACCAAUCGUGCUGAGGCAAUGCUGUAAACGCAAAGCCAAGGACGAUCAGGAAGCUGUGUUUGGAAAGCAGUGGUGGUAACGAGUUUGUGGAGCACAGCAGCGCUGUUAGAGCUUUCUUGCGUCGAGCGAACUUUUGUUUGGGAUGGCUUUCUCGGUGUGCAGAGCAGGGGUUCUGUCUCCAUUGGGGGGGAUCGCUCUAAAUCCAAUAGCAAAGCAACACUAUGAUGGGGGUGUCCAAUUUCUGCAGAUCCCCUUGAGAUCUUCAAAGGUCCAGGCAGCUUUGCCUGCCUCACCUUCCCUUCAGACCUCUUCCUCUUCUUUCCUUGGCCACACAUUCUCCGCUUCCAGCCCCACUCAGGCCCUCAGGCGGCAGCCAGCCGUCAGAGAUAACCCGGUGAAAUGCUCUGUGGCCGUCGAAGCGCCAGCAGCAGCUGACGAGAGGCCCUUCCCUACACUAGACGCGAGGUUGGUGCUAGAGGACGGUUCUGUUUGGGAGGGGCAGGCGUUUGGGGCCAGGGGGACGCAGGUCGGAGAGGUGGUGUUCAACACAUCGAUGACGGGGUACCAGGAGAUUUUGACAGACCCCAGCUAUUCCGGCCAAUUCGUUCUGAUGACUACACCCCACAUUGGGAACACAGGGAUCAACCUAGAGGACGAAGAGUCCGAGAAAUGUUACACGGGUGGGCUGAUCAUCCGGAGCUUGAGCCCAAUGGUGUCUAACUGGAGGUCAACGAAGACUCUGCCCGAGUAUCUGGAGGAGAAAGGCGUGAUGGGCAUCGCCGAGGUCGAUACGCGCGCCAUCACGAAGCGGCUGCGCAUCAACGGCAGCCUGAUCGGCGUCCUGAGCACGGACGCCUCUAUCCCGGAUGAUGAACUGAUCAAGCAGGCGCAGGGCUGGAAGAUUGUCGGUGUCGACCUGAUCACUCCCGCCAGCACGAAGCGCGUGUACGAGUGGAAGGACAAGACGGGGGAUGAGUGGGAGUUCGCUCCAGAGGCCAACUCCGGACCUGACACGCGGUACAGCGUCGUUGCAUACGACUUCGGCGUCAAGCACAACAUCCUUCGGCGGUUGACGUCGUACGGGUGCCGCAUCACGGUCGUUCCGUCGACCACACCCGCGGAGGAGGUCUUGGCCAUGAACCCGGAGGGCGUCCUCUUCAGCAACGGCCCGGGAGACCCGUCGGCGGUUCCUUACGCUGUGGAGAACGUCAAGGGCCUGUUGGGCCAGGUGCCGGUGUUCGGUAUUUGCAUGGGACAUCAGUUGCUGGGGCAGGCCUUCGGCGGGACCACCUUCAAGAUGAAGUUCGGACAUCACGGCGGGAACCACCCCGUCCGGCAAGUGGCCACCGGACGAGUCGAGAUCAGCGCGCAGAACCACAACUACGCGGUCGACACGGACUCGCUGCCGGACGGCGUCGAGAUAACGCACAUCAACCUGAACGACGGCACGUGCGCGGGCAUGGUUUUCCCCGCCAUGCAAGCGAUGAGCAUCCAGUACCAUCCAGAGGCGUCUCCGGGACCCCACGACUCGGACCCUUGCUUUGCUGACUUCGUGAAGAUGAUGGAAGAGGCACGUGCGAAGAAGGCUUGAGAACGAAAGGGUUUUGCAUUAUCUUAGCGCACCAGAUUGGUUUUUGAAUAAGCGAUGCUGCGCAUAUGUGUUUGGUCAUAUAUCAACCAGAUUGUGGGCAGAUAAGUCCGAGGAAAACACUACAUAUAAGGAAUAUCAUUCGAGCGGAUUGCACAGGUCUUGGACAGGAUGGCAUUAACGAGAUAUCUAUUACGACUGUGAAGGUGCUUUGGGUUUCAGUCCCUUCACCAAGGAAUGUUUUUGUGCAUGACCUUUCCAGGCAAAAUUGACCUGGUCUUUUGGCCAACUUUAAGUACUGAACCAGCCUUGAAGGCGUCUCUCAGCAAACAGUAAGAAACGAGGCGGUGGUCUCUCUCAGCCGGAUGGAACAUAGAAAGUUGUUUGCUGCUGAUCCA